GCUCGUGCCUGUGCACCAUCAGAGGCUGACGAAGUAGAAUGGAACACCUCGUUUGACCAAUUCACCGAUUGUUGUCGUUCGGGCAGCGUGGCCAGAAUACUUGACCGUGCGCUCUAUCCGAGGGUUGUGAUAUAGAUGAUAUUAUCUUGUUUUAAUAUAUUUAUAUAUAUUUUUUUUUACGAGUGAUGUGUGUAAUUUUUUUUGCGCUUUAUCAUAAUAAAUUAGAAUCAUCGUUUUUCCCGAGGUACUGAACGCCGCGACCCGUCGAGGACAUCUCAUAUAACAUAUCGACAAGAAUUUGCAUUAGUUUUUGUCCAAAAUGGCCGAAAGCUCGUUAGAGGUUCAAUCGAAUAUUCAAAGUUUUUUCCAAAACAAAUCUGUGUUCGUCACUGGAGGUACCGGAUUUUUGGGAAAGUUAAUCGUCAACAAGUUGGUGAGAGCAUGCCCUCACAUAAAAUCCAUUUACCUACUGGUGAGGGGCAAAAAAGGAAAAAGCGCGCAAGAAAGACUGGAAGAUAUGUUCACCUUACCGAUUUUCAAAGAUAUCGAUCCGAUAAAAUUGAAAAAAAUAUUUGCAAUAAGCGGCGACUGCAGCCAACCGGAUUUGGGUAUGUCAUCGGACGACAUGAACAAAUUGAUUAGAGAUGUGAACGUGAUAUUCCAUAGCGCGGCCACGGUUAGAUUCGACGAACGUCUUGACAUUGCUAUUGGAAUAAACGUAAUAGGCGCCAGGGAAAUCGUAAAACUAGCUCACAAGAUUGAGAAACUCGAGUCGUAUAUGCACGUGUCUACAGCGUACUCCAACUGUCAUAAAAAGCAAAUUGAUGAAAAAUUCUAUAAUCUACCUUACAGUUACGAAAAGCUCAUACAAUUGUACAAGUCAAAAAGUUCAAAUGUACUUGAAAAAAUGAAACCCAUCCUUUUGGGACCUUUUCCCAACACCUACGUCAUGACCAAAGCGGCAGCCGAACAACUGGUUAAAAACGAAGCCAUCGGCCUGCCUGUGACCAUAUUCCGGCCGGCUAUUGUGAUAGCCACUGCCAGCGAGCCUAUGCCGGGUUGGAUAGACAAUUUGUACGGGCCAACCGGAAUCGUUACCGGCGUGAUGACCGGAAUCAUAAAAGCGUUACCUUGCGAAAUUGAUAACGGCACGGAUUUGGUUCCGGCCGAUAUGACUGUUAACGCGCUUAUAGCUGCUGCCUACGACACCAACAAUAGAUACACGAGUGAAAGCAGUAAAUCGGACGACUUAAUGAUUUACAAUUACGUUUCUUCGUCCGAUAACCGACUCACCUGGGGCUUGUUUGCCGAGACGCUUAUGACCUACAUAGCCGAAUGGCCCACGGUCAAGGCCAUGUGGUACCCGACUCUUAUAAUCAACGCGUCUGUGUUUCUACACAAACUCACCGUUCUCAUUUUGCACUACUUGCCCGCGUUCCUAUUGGAUUUAGUGUUCAUCGCCACCGGAAAGAAACUCAGAUUGGUCGACCAGUAUAAGAAAAUCGAAAAGUUCACAGACAUUCUCGUGUAUUUCUCCACGAGGGAAUGGUCGUUUAGCAACGCAAACGUUCAGAGUCUAUGGAAACGAACGAGCGAAAACGACAAAAAGUUAUUUCCGUUCGACCUGAGCCAGCUAAAAUGGAACGAAUACCUGUACACGUAUCACCAAGGAAUCUUAAGGUUUUUGCUGAAAGAAGGUCCGGACAAGCUGCCAGCGGCCAAGAAACGUCUGAGGGGACUAUACAUCUGUCAUUUGGUAUUCAAAGGAGCGGCUUAUAUAGGUUUCAUAAUGCUGGUUUGGAUGCUUUUAAAGAAAAUAUUGUCCGUGUAGAUUAGAUUUACCUAUCUAUAUAUGUCAAUAAGUUCUUUACACGGUGUUUUUAUCACACGCGACAUGGAGAUCAAUAUUAUUUUAAACUACAAAACAUCUGUAUAUGAUCUUCUCAAAAAAAUCAAACAACAUAUUAUAUUUAUUUUCGUUUUGUGUACAUUUUUUUAUGUAUUAUUGUAUAGAAUCGUACUGUUGUAAGGUGUAAAUAGAUAUUUUGUUUGUUUUUUUAGCUUAUGAACUAAAUUUAGGACGUUCCUGAUCUGAUACAAUCGCAUUUAGUAUAGACAAAUGUGAUAGUGCGUUAUGCUGCGAGCGUUGCAUUAUAUUGUAACUGUUUUGAUGAUAAAAUAAAUUAAGAUUUAUACAUAAUGAA